AUGAUAUUAUCGGUACAGUGGUGUCUCUUAGCGUUUGUAACGCUAGUUCAAGCGGUAAAUUCUUCUAAAUUUCCUAUCAAGACAGUUAGCGACAAUGAAACUACCAACUUCUGUCGUAUGGACAAGACUGAGCCCAUCGGGUCUACAUGUGAUGUGACUUUCCAUGAAAUCAACGAGGUGAAUAAGAAGAUCAGGCCCCAGUUGCUAUCGUUGGUGCAAAGUGAUUUCUUCAAAUAUUUCAAAUUGGACUUGUAUAAAGAGUGUCCCUUCUGGAAUGAUAACACAGGAUACUGUGUGAACCGUGCAUGUGCAGUAGAUGUGGUUGAAGAUUGGGACAGUUUACCGGAAUACUGGCAACCAGAGAUCUUGGGUAAUAUCGAGAACGCCACCAAAUCUCUCGAAGACGAUGAGUGUGCGUUUUUAGAUGAGCUCUGUGACAAACCUAAAUCGCAAAUUUCUGAGAAAGAUAUUGAGUACUGCGAUACCCGCGACUUCAGCAGCAAGGAUUCUGUGUUGGUGGAGUUGACCGCAAACCCAGAAAGAUUCACCGGUUAUGGUGGUGAGCAAUCGUCCCAAAUUUGGUCUAGCAUUUACAAGGAAAAUUGCUUUACGUUGGGUGAUGACAAGUGUUUGGCCAAAGAUGCAUUCUACAGAUUAAUUUCUGGCUUACAUGCAUCUAUCGGAACUCAUCUUUCGAAUGAACAUUUGAACACCGAGACUGGUAAGUGGGAGCCUAAUUUAGAAUUGUUCAUGAACAGAGUGGGUAACUUCCCAGAUAGAGUAUCAAACAUUUACUUUAACUAUGCCGUUGUGGCUAAAGCAUUGUGGAAAAUCAGACCAUAUAUGAACGAACUAGGUUUCUGUAACGCCUACAACGAAGAUGUAAAGGGAAUGAUUGAUGGAGUUGUAUCUCAGCUUGACAGCAAGGUGUUCAACGAGGACUUGCUCUUCCACGACCAAGUUAGCAGCCAGUUGAAGGACGAUUUCAGAGCCAGAUUCAAGAAUGUCACAAAGAUUAUGGACUGUGUCCAAUGUGACAGAUGCAGACUAUGGGGUAAAGUUCAAACUACUGGUUACGCAACAAGUUUGAAGAUCCUUUUCGAAAUGGACAACGACGAUGAAGAGACAAGAAAAAAUGUCGUUGACAAACUAACCAAAUACGAACUAAUAGCAUUAUUCAAUACAUUCGACAGGCUAUCCAAGUCUGUAGAGGCAAUCAACAAUUUUGAAGAGAUGUACAAUUACCAACUCAAGUCUCCCGGUGAAAAGUUGGCAUCAUUCUUCCAGUUGGACAACUUCUUUAAAUUACUUGGUGAAAAAUUCAACCAUGGGAAUCGUUCGCAACAAACGAAGAGUAAGGACGUUUCAGGAAACGAUCUCUCUUCGAAAUUUGAAGAUAUAAAAAUGCCACCAAAGAAGGUUACAGACAAUUCCAAGGGCGUCUUCAGAGAAGCCUGGGAUACGGAGUGGUCAAACUUCAAGCAAGCGGCAUGGUUUGUGUUGAGAAGCUAUAAAGAACUUCCAUCCACAAUCAGCCAAUACACCUUGUUCCAAUUAAACAAAAUCUGGAAUAGGUUUAUUGGUGCCCCGGGCUUUGAUGAAGAAGAAGAAUUCAAACUUCCUCCAUUCGAAUUCGGCAUUAGCACACAAACCUGA